UCUAGUCGCUCUCAAGUUAAAACGCACAACAAGUCUUUACACCAUUGCUACUGUGCCCGGCAUGAACAGUUCACGAAACAAACAGGCACCGACAAUCAGCAAAGGUCAGACGGACGCAGACACCGGCUCGGAGACGAACCACAGGGAACGAAAGACUGGUGGAGGAAUGCUGAAGAAGCUGAAGUCGAGGCGCAGUCAAACGGAUAAGUGGCCUGUUGUCACAGAGGAUGAACUCCGGGCUCUGGGAAGGGAGAUUACCCCGGACAACGUCCUGGGUCUCCGGGUAGUCACGGAGGACUAUCUGUGCAAACUUGAAGACAACAUCUACAACAUUGACUUCACACGUUUCAAAAUCAGAGAUCUGGAGACAGGAACGGUGCUGUUUGAGAUUGCCAAACCUCCAAACAGCGGUUCUGUGGAGGGUGAAGACGAGAGUGGAGAUGUAGACACCAGUGCAGGGCGUUUUGUCCGUUAUCAGUUUACACCCGCCUUCCUAAAACUGUGCACUGUUGGUGCAACUGUGGAGUUCACAGUGGGCGACCGGCCCAUUAACAACUUUCGUAUGAUUGAGAGGCAUUACUUCCAGGGACGCCUUCUCAAGAACUUUGACUUUGACUUUGGCUUUUGCAUUCCCAACAGCCGCAACACAUGUGAACACAUUUAUGAGUUUCCACAACUUCCAGAUGACCUCAUUCGCCAAAUGGUGGCACACCCUUACGAGACCAGAUCAGACAGUUUCUACUUUGUGGACAACAAACUCAUUAUGCACAACAAGGCAGACUAUGCCUACAAUGGUGGUCUGUAAUACCCGCAGGGGAAAAUGUUUGCAAUACUUCCCAGGGGAUUGUUUUACUGCAUUACAACCAUCCAAAAGCUUCUUGUUUGGGGACAUAAAUAAUCUCUCUUUUGUGUAAAAUUUCACUAAACGUGACAACAUUCUUCAGAACCAACGGACCACAUCUGCCUUCAUAUCAAAUCAUGGAUCCAUUCAUCAGUAGAGCUCCGUUUCUGGGACUACGAGGAAUGUUCGGUCAGAUAUUUCUGCUUAAUCCAACUGAAACCUUUUUGUUCUGUCUUUCGGUUUGUCAUACAAGUAUCAUGUUACACUAUUUCCAUUGAGUUUCUUUCCGUCUCUGCUGGAAAGGGACACUUUGAGUCACAGACGUCAAAUGGCAAAGCCUGUAGACUGGGGUAGUUUUAACUUCAUUUACUUUAAUGUGUACGUGUUAUCAGUUGAUGUUUAUUUGAACUACCUUUCGCAAGUGACAAUUGUUUCCCAUAUGGAAAAGCAAGCAUUACCUAGAUGUUUUUACAGUAUUGUAAGUCAUAGAUGAUCACGUAUCACUAGUUGACAGUUUGAGUUUCAUUCUUGCUUAAAUAUCUACUAUAAGUUGUUGUUGUCAUCAGGACCGUUUGUGUCAGAUAUUUAAGCUUGGUUUCAAUUUCAUAAGGAACUUCAGGUCUUUAGUAGGACAUUUUUUGAAUUAAGAAAAGCAUGGGCUCUUUUCAUGAUGCCAGGUGUCAUGUUUAACCUGCUAAUAUCUCUUACAUUUUUAUGACAACAGUUUUCUCUACAUCAUUGGCUGUCGACUGGGAAUCUACAGUAGUGUUUGUUCUAUCAAAUUCUGUAACCACUGCACACUGGGACACUGAAAAAAACAAGUCAGUAGCAAAAUCUGAGUUACUGGACUUGGUUUAUAUAGCAUCUAUGUCUAAAGCAGUUUGUCCUUCCUGAUUUAUUCACUCAAAAGUAGUACACGGUUAUUUAAUCCGUUGAAGGAUGUCUUCCUGGUUUAUUUGGCACAACAACACUGUGAAUCCCACUCUUUAGGAGCAGAGUUUGUCCAGCGGUGUGUUAUACAGAUCCAACAUGUCUCUGAGUGUAUUUUCUGCUGCUCUACGCUCAGGUUCUCAAACUACCAAUGAAACACCCCAGCAACACACGGCGUGACAGUACAGAGUGACAUAGCUUGGUAGUUGAGUUGAGUAUUUUUAAUGAGGAAGUAGGGUAGAUACAUAUCUUGACCAGUUUCUCUGUUCAUGGAAGACUAUACUGGUGGUUUU